CUCCUACGUCAGCCUUUUGUUGGUUCAAUCUUUGGAUUUAUUGUCAGGACAAAAGUCCUGAUACCAUGGCUGCUGUGAGACCGCCAGGAUGAAGCCAACCACCUCCUUGAUUCCGAUCCGAUCGACCAUCUUCGUGGGGUGCCCCUCCAAACUACAACCUCUCUUACUUUCGCGAUGCUAUGCGACACAUAAAGGCGUGGGCGCAACACCCCAGGGCCCUAAGCGGAGGGCAGUAACACCAUUCAACGAUACGGGAUAUGUGCCAUGGAGCCAGCUCUCGGUGGCAGAGAAGGCUGGCCGAGCUACACAGCAGACUGUCAACUUUGGCAUGAUUCUGAUCGGCCUCGUGCUCACUGGUGGUGUGACAUAUUUUAUGUGGACCGAAGUCUUUUCCCCCGAUAGUAAAAUCUCAAACUUCAAUCGCGCCGUCGACAGAAUCAAGGACGACCCUCGAUGUUUAGAGCUGCUCGGCGACGCCAAGAAGAUCUCGGCGCAUGGAGACGAAACGUUCAACAAGUGGAGACGGGCACGCCCUGUUGCGUCCACGGAGUCUGUUGAUGCCCAAGGAAACCAACACUUGCUGAUGCAUUUUUAUGUCGAGGGGCCAUUGAACAACGGCGUUGCGCGACUGCACAUGAUCAGGCAUCGUGGACAAGGCGAUUACGAGUACAAGUACUUCUUUGUGGAUGUAAGGGGCCACGAGAGGGUCUACCUCGAGCACGAAGAGACAGCUGCGUCGAAACUGGGAAAGAAGCUCAGCUUCUUUGGUGUCAAGUGGGGUUGAACCACGGCGCCAAGUGUAUCAAUACCGUUUCCCACCAAGGACGAUAUUUGUCCUUGGUCUGGAAAGCCUCUGCCAUGGCGUUGACGAUGUGAUGAGCAGGCGUGGUUUCCUUGUAUCAUAUCCUGGUUGCUUGGCCCCCAGUCAGCUUCCACUUGUAUCUAUUAACUUGGCUGAUGAUGUU